AUGAGGAAAAGGAAUGAACUUUUUAAAAGUUAAACAAUCUUUUUUUAAGUUUUAUCACCGUGUCUCAGAAAGUCGAAGUCACUAAAAUUCAUCACUGUUCCAAAACAAUAAAAAAAUUAUUUCUUGCAAUUGCUGCAGUGUGAGAAAAUGAAGUUAUCAUCAUUAAUUUUUUCAAAAAACAAGAAGACUGAAGGGCUAUGUGUAUGGUGUCCAAUUACAGUGUAGACUCUACUGAUUUCACACACAAAAAUUCAAUUUUACUGCUACUAGAAAAGCACAGGUCGAAUUAAAGUAUUUAAGUGGUUUCAUUGUGAUGCCUUUCCCAUUAAAGAGGUGUCAGUAGUAAAGCGAAUUUAAAGCAAAAUUUAAGAAAUAAACGGACUGAAAACAUCCAUUAUCCAUCUUUUGUGCGUAACAAUUAUAGUUAUCUAGUUUUAACUAGCGGUGCAUUGAGCACCUAUAUUACUAAUCUAGCCAUUUUUUUUUUCCAACAUUUAAAAAAGAACAAUAAAAGGGCUUCUGCCUCCUACCUUCUUUCUGCGAGUACUAUACAGUUCAAGGUCAUUAUUCGCGCGUUUCUGAUUUCUUAUCGGCGUCCAAAACAGCAAGCGCCGAUGUCAUGUUAAUCAAAAAAUCUUUUUCUGCAGCGCGUUGCUUGGUAUAAAAUAGAGCUGAGAGAUUGCUCUAAGAUGAAAACUAUGUAAAUUCUGCUUUCCUUCUUCAAUAGUCAUCAGCAGCCUCCUUUUAGUUGGUAAAGGCAACGUGAUUCAGUUUCUUAAUGACAAGUCCAAGGAGGCCAUCUUGUCAAGUGCACUACAACACCAGUGCACCGGUGUUUAUUCGUACGUAAAGGUUUUCACCACAGUAAACGCAUGUUAAGAGUUUGCUUUCAAACAUUAUUUAAAAUUGUUCUUUAAAUCAGAGCAACCCUGAAACUAGGUCAUUGCGCGACUAGGGUGAGAAAAAGGUACGCAUAAAAAUAAGACUUAGGUAAAUUAAGGCUUUGCUACGUGGUAGUGCACCGGUGCAGUGCACUGGUGCACUGUUGGCAUGUAAAUAAAGGGCCUGCUCAAGAAAGCUUUUAAACAUUUAUCGAUACUGACAUGGGAAAAACUGGAGCUGAGCGAUUGCGUGAAUCACGCGAGAGGAAGAAACAAAAGAAACGAGAAUAUAAUGCAAGGUUUUACGUGAAGAACAAAGAUAAAAUACUUGAAGAUAGAAAAGAGGAACGAAGAAAGAAGCGUCCUCGCAUUAUUGUAGAACAAGAGCGUGAAAGUAAAGGACCCAAACCAAACUGGCGGCUUUAUAAAGCAAAACAGAGAGCGAGAAAGAAGGCAGAAAAAGAAACAACAGCACCUACAAAUGUUCCCGUUUCACCUAAUGCUGUCCGAGGAGCAUUUCCUAACAGAACCUCUCGAAAACGAGCUGUCGACAGUACGAGAGCAAAUCUUCCAAGUAGUCCAAGAAAAAAGUUGCUGUCAUUGCUUCUCUUGUUUAAAGUCCCACAACACAGCAUGUUCUCCAGCGACUGGGAUAUCUGAAGUCGCCAGAAAACCAAGAGGAGGAAAGAAUGGCAUCUGCAGUUUUGGAGGAUGCUGAAACAGCACUUCAGGCAACAAAAAGAAAAAGAUCAAACGAUGACCGUGCUGCCACGCACGUCAGUCUUUCAUUUCUUUCAGGAGAAAAAGUAAAUAGUGGAAAAGUUAAAAGUAAGGUCUCACAAAGAUUAAGCAUAAGUAGGAAACGCUUGAGUAACGCCUAUAAACAUCGUGUCAAGACACUCAGAAGCGACAAGUCCUGCUGGCUCUUCACUGAAAGACAGACACGAUCCGUUUCCAUCCCCUCUGAACACCGCAAGCUCGCGUACGAUUUCUGGUCGAGUCCUGGUAUUUCCAGGCCCACUGGUAAUAAGAAAGACAUAAUUCGCAAAAGAGUGGCUGUUAGAACCUACACCUGUCAUGCAAACCAAGUGUUGGAAAAAACAGACUGA